CUUAAAAACUCUAAAUAUAGCUUCAGCCCAAACACAAGCCCACAGCUGAGCUGCCUGUCCUGUAGUGUAAAAAUGGGCUUUCUGAAACCCAAGCUUGCCCUCUUGAAUGCUUCACGCCCUUCAGAGUGGCCAGUGUUGCUCCCUGUCUACACACAGCAUCUACCGAAAGAACCGGCAGCUGUUCCAUACGUCACAACCUGACAAGUAUCACCCUGUCCAAGUCCUAAUACGGCGAGGGUCAGAUUUCUUCAAGUCACACAGCGACAGGCUGCCUGAGGUGCAUGUCAAGUCAUAUGUGAAGGCCAUUGAUCACAUGCUUACAGUAACACAACCCUCACGUGUGAGCUCAAAGGACGCCCCCCUCUUCACAACUGUUAUUCACCAAUGAUCUGGGUUUUAAAACGAAUAACUGGACUACGUCAGCAGGAGUAAGGCUUUAUUUUGGAUCCUAUCACAGUGUGUCAGAUUGAGCUUCCUGAAAUCACUGAACAGUGGACACUUCUUUUUUUCGUUUGUUUUGGGAUUUUUUUUUUUUUUCAACAAAGAUAUUGCACAAUACAAAUCUGAAGUUGCUGUUGACUGGCUAGUUCAACACAGCAACGGUUACACUACCAAAAACACAUCUCCUGAUCUGUUAAAAUUAAAGGGACUCAAAUCGCAAGGGCCUACACCACCUACACCACCACCAUCACCAUCUCCUGGACAGCAUGGCGGAUGAUGCAUUGGUGUUGCAGAAAUUCCUGGUGUGCCAAAUCUGCCAGGAGACAUUCAGAAACCCAGUGUGCCUAGAAUGUAACCACAGCUUUUGCAAGACGUGUCUGUGCGAAACCUGGGACCAAGAUGAGCACAGGACGUGCCCCGUGUGUGAAAGGCCAGCGCCUGUGGACGAACCACAGAUAAACGCAACCCUGCAGAGACUCACCGACGUGUUUCUCGGAAACGUGCAAGACAGUGAAAGUCCGCAAGAGACUGUGCAUGUAACAUGCGACAAACACAGAGCGAAGCCAACGUGGUAUUGCAAAGAUGAAGAUAGGGUGAUAUGCGAGGGCUGUGAGACUCUCAAGAAGCAUUCUGAACACGAAAAAAUUCGUAUAAAAGAAUUUGUGAAAGAUAUAAAGCGCACAGUGUCCUUGGAACUGGAUGAACUCAAGUCACAGUUGAUGAUGGGCAGAGGAGUUGAGGAGAGCUAUCUGCUUAUGUCAGGGCAACUAAAGAGAAAGGGUCAAGUAGCUGAGAUGGCGAUUGAAAAGGAGUUUGAGAGCAUUCAUGAGCUCCUACGCGUGUCAGAGGAGGCUCGGUUGGAGGCAGUGAGGAAGGAGGCGGAGCAGAAGAGGAAGAUCAUCCAGAGAGAGAUGAAGAUCGCUAAGGGCCACGUUCAUGUUCUGACUAAGGCCGUAGCCAGUGUGCAGGUGGAUCUUGAAAAAGACGAUCUGGCGUUUUUGAAGGACUCCAAUAUCACACAACAAAGAGUCCAGUGUAAACUCCAGGAACCACAGGUGAUGUCAGGUGCCAUCUUCAACAAAGCCAAUCACACGGGUAACAUCAGAUACCAAAUUUGGGAGGAGAUGAAAAAAUCUGUGAAAUAUUUUCCUGUGCUCCUUGACCCUAACACAGCAGACGGCUGGCUGUAUAUCUCUGACGAUAUGAGCGUUGUAAGGGAGAUCAGGGAUAAACAGGUAGUGCCAGAUAACCCAGAACGCUUCACCAGGUAUGUCUACGUGCUGGGCACACAAGGCUUCUCCUCGGGCGAACACAGCUGGGAGGUAGACCUUGGGAAGCGCCACAAAUGGAGCGUCGGGGUAGCUGCGGAGUCCUGCGAGAGGAAGGAGGUGACGUUUCUGGAGCCAAGGUUUGGAUUUUGGACACUCUGGAUGGACGAGGAGAAUUUCACUGUCGGUGGUUCAAUGUUUAAAAUUGAGAAGAGGCCAACAAAGAUCGUAGUCAAGCUGGAGUAUGAAAAAGGAUGGCUGUCUUUCUAUGACUCCGAUGACAAGAGACACAUCUACACGUACAAAACCGGCUUCAAUAACGAGAAGGUGUACCCAUUCUUCAGCACAGAGACUGAUUGCUGUAGCACUGCCAUCAAACUUACCCCAUUUGAUCUGUCCAUAGUUGCAACCGCAAUUCCAUGUUCAGAGGAGGAGAUUCUAGAGUCAAUGAAGGCCCCAAGUGAAAAUGCGUCGAGUGAAAAUCCCCCAAGUGAUUUGUCUGCAAGUGAAAAGGCAAAGCAAGAGGCCAGUGAAAAGGCAAGGCAAGAGGCCAUUUUUAUUCUAAAGCUCAUUUCAGGGACACUGUAAUUCAAUGUGCUCUACAGUGAUAAAAACCAUGCAAAAACAAAAACACAAAAGCAAAUAACAAUAGCAAUGCAAGAAGUGUGGUAAAAGAUGAUAAAAGCACAAGUUAGUGUAGAUAAAUACAAGAUAAAAGAGGCAAGGAUCAAAACAAGAAGAAAAUAAAGAAAAGCCCAUUAAAUAUCUAAGAGAAUGCAUCGGUUCAAAGUUCCGUCUUAAGUCUAGUUUUAAAACAUUGUGUUGUUGGUGCACUUUUAAUAUCAUCAGGAAGCUGGUUCCAGAGCCUUACAGCUUAAAAACUAAAAGCAGCCUCUCCAUACUUUGUAUUGAUUCUAGGUAAAAACAGGAGGUUAUGUUCUAAGGACCUAAGGUGCCUAGUAGUCGGUGUGUAAAACAGAAACACAUCCCUAAGGCCGCUGGGCCCCAACCCAUUUUAAGACUUAAAAACAAGCAAUUGUGCCUUAAAACCAAUUCGAUACCUCACCGGGAGUCAGUGCAAGGACCUAAAAUUUGGUGUGAUGUGGUCAAAUCUUUUUGUUCUUGUAAGGAGCCUUGCAGCUGCAUUUUGGAUGCAUUGGAGCUGUUUAAUAGUCUUCAUGGGGAGGCCUGUAUAGACACUGUUGCAAUAGUCAAUCUUACUUGAAAUAAAAGCAUGUACUACAGGUAGUCUUUCCAGAUCCUGUAUAGACAUUAGACAUAGGAUGAAAAAAUGCGGACUUGGCAAUGGCUUUCAUGUGACUGUUUAAGUUCACUAUCAAUAAUGACGCCAAUGUUUUUGACAGUAUUCUUUGCUUCCAGCAUAGUGGCAAUCUUUACCCUCUCCUUCUUUGUUCCAAAUAAUAUAACCUCAGUCUUGUCUUUGUUUCAUUUGAGAAAAUGUUUAGACAUAUCAGUUGUUUACUUGAUCAAUACAGUCAUAGAGUGAUUGAAGGGGGCAUAGUCAUUAAGUGACAAGGCCAGGUAGAGCUGUUUGUCAUCCACAUAGCUAUGGUAGUUGACAGAGUAACUGUUGGUGAUUUGCCCUAAAGGCAGCAUGUAAAGGAUAAAAAGCAACGGCCCUAAGAUGGACCCCUGGGGUACCCCACAGUUCCAGUGCAUCAGUGAGGAGGUAUGGCUACCUAUUGUGACAGAGAAACGUCUUUGUUUUAGGUAGGAAUUUAACCACUCAAUAACUGCCCCAGAGAGACCCACCGAGUGCUCGAGUCGAUGCAGCAGUAUGCAGUGGUCGACUGUGUCAAAUGCCGCGCUAAGAUCCAAAAGCACCAAGACUGAUGAAUUGCCAGCAUCAGCGUUCAUGUGAAUGUCAUUUAAAAAUGUAAUGAGGGCUGUUUCAGUACUAUGGUUUGUGCAAAAGCCUAUUACAUGACAGGAAGACACUUAAUUUUAUUUUCUCCAUUAUUUUUCCAAUAAAUGGUACAUUUGAAAUGGGUCUGUAGUUAUUGAGGACGGAGGCAUCAAGGUUAUUCUUUUUCAGAUGGGGUUUAACAUUACAUUACAUUUAGCUGACGCUUUGAUUUUAUUCAAAGCGUCUUAUAGUUAUUAUUUUUCAGGGUAUUGAUUACAGUGUCUGGAGCAAUGUGGGGUUGGAUGCCUUGCUCAGGGGCACUUUAGCCAUGGAUGGAGAUUUAGUGUAAGGUCAGGUGGGAUUCAAACCUACAACCCCUAGACUGAAAGGCCAACUCUCUAACCACUAGGCCACGGCUGCCUGGUUUAACAACUGCUUUCUUCAGGGCUGAGGGGAAAAUUCCAGUCUGUAGAAAGGUAUUGAUAAUGCAAAGCUCCUCAUCUGAUAUAAGAUGGAGAAUAGAUUUGAAAAAAGCUGUGGGAAGGAUAUCUAGAUCAGACGUAGAGGAACUGAGACUUUGUACUAUUUGCUUGAGGGUGUCAGAGUCAACUGGACUAAAGGUUGUCAUUAAGUUAAGAUUAAAUUGAUCCAAUUUUAGAUUUUUUUUUGCAUCUGAGAGCCUAUUAUAGUACAUAUUUUAUCAAUCUUGCCUUUUAAAAAGGAUGCAAAUUUGUUGCAUUUGCUAACUGAGAGAAGGUCCGAGGGCAUUUGUCCUUGAGGAUUAGUUAAAGGGACACUCCACCCAUUUUCAUCAGGCUUUCCAUUGCUAGACACCCAGUCAUACUUUUGAAUGGUCGUGCAACACUCUCUCAAUUCCCCCUGAGACAGGAGGAAUCCGUAUUCACCUCUCAACACUUCCUUCUACAAUGAUGUAAAAAUCGUCAUUUUGCAUCAUUGUAGGAGGAAGUGUAAGAGAGGUGGAUUUCUGUUGAGACUACAAGCCUUUUUCCCACCCUUUCAACCCCACCCAUAGGAGGUUGGACCUAAUGCGCUAACAGACCUAUCACAGAUCAGUGUGCCAGUGCUUUUGAAAUCACUGGCAUUGAGGCUCCAGUAAGUCACUGGCAGAGCUGCCUGGGUGUGCCGUGUGGAACUUGAGCAUUACAAUGCAUUAUGGGGAUUGUUGUCACAAAUCCACAAGCACUAAAAAGUCAUUUUCUGCCUUUUCUCGGUCAAGAAGGCACCAAAUUAGAAAUUUAUGCUACUGUUAUACUGAGUAUAUGACCCACUUUCAGUACAUAUUCAUGUCUCCACCGGUGGAAUGCCCCUUUAACUUGUCCACAGUACCAAAUAAUACACAGGCAUUAUUCACAUUUCUGUUAAUUAAGUCAGAGAAAAAAAGACUGUCUUGCUUUAGCUAUUACCCAGUUGUAUUCAUGGAGCAUGUCUCUGUAGACCUGAUAGUGGACCUGAAGUUAAUAUUCAUGCCAUUGUCUUUCAGCCUUUCUACAAUUUCGCUUAGUUAGCUUACGGUAACUGCAGUAUUCGUUUUCCAUGGCGCCUUUUGAUGAACGCUUAUUUUUUGCUUUUAAAGCGGGCGAUGACAUCCAUAACGUGUGUCACUGUUAAAGUUAGCCAUUAGGUCAUCUGCACACGAUGUGCGAAGUUUGACUUUGAGUUUCAGAGAGUACUUGUUCAAAGAGAGCUGCCGUGCCGUCAUUAAUUAAUCUCUUUCGUACAGUAGCAACCUUAUUCUGAAGCGGUGGGAACAUAUAAACAUCAGCAAAUACAAACAGAGGAUCACUGAAAGCUGAGUCCUCCACAGUAAUUUGAACUUUGACACCUUUUAUAAUAAAAAGGUAGAGAGUGUGUCUCUUAGAGUGCGUGGCUAUGUGAACAUCCUGAGUUAGGUUGAAGGUAUCAAUAAGAGACAGAAAUUUGUUAGCAUACACAUUUUCUGGAUCAUCGACAUGCAAAUUAAAAUUACCUGUUAUUAUAAGACUAUCAAAGUCCAAGCAAAUAGUAGACAGAAGGUCCCCGAAUCCCUCAAGGAAAAGAGGAGGAGAAAGUCUUGGUGGUCUGUAGAUAUAGUCAGCAGCAAUAUAUCGGGAGAACAUUUUAUAACUGUCCUUAAAGUGAUA